CUUGCGCAUGCUUAAUAGUUAAUAGUGAAACCAUUGACGUAUGUUUCAGUGAGUGCAGCAAACUCUAUCCACAUCCACAUGAUUAUGUAAUCCGGUUGUGUUUUGACUGACUAUUAAUUGUCUGCCGAAUUUAAUUUAGUUUUUUCCAACAAUGAUGGAAUGGUUGAAGCAAUUCCUGGGCUUGUUACAGCCACUUGGGUCACCAUCUACAGUGCCAUUGCACUAGCUGCCUGGGCACUGACAAAACGAAAUUCUUCCAAUGAAGACCCUACCAACUGUAACUCCACACCCGAUCUCCAAUCAAAUUCAUCGGCUGUGCCACCAGGAUUAUUCUUCUACAAAAUUUUCGCUGUCUUCUUGGGAAUCAGUAGCUUUCUGACUGUGGCUUGUCUCAUCCACGCUAUCGUCGUGCUGGCCGAUCAAGUUACCACCAACAGCAUGGCCGAAAUGUCAGGUUUCCUUGGACUCAGUACCGGGACAUUUUUCAUUCUUUCGGAGCCAUUGUUUUUCUUCUCCGCCAUUUACGAUAUUAAGCACGCCGGUGAGCCUGAAACGUCACCGACCGCUGACAUGACGCUAGAGUUGACUAAUCGCCGCACCGGUGAGCUACUCCACGACGCAAACAUGGCUCAAAAUGUUGCACCACCACAUUAUCCGCAAAUGCCGCAUAUCAGUAUUAUACUUAAGCCAAACAUACCAUCAUCUACCGGUCCAGAAAAUUUGGAUAGCAGAAUAGACUGGUUCAACGUCCGCGCGCAUCGGGUCAUAAUCCCUUCAAGGCUGCAUCGUAUCAUUCAUCUCUUAUAAUUAUCAGCAUCGGGGCAAUUUUUCUUUUUCCACUGUUUUUCGUCAGCGCCAUUUAAGAUAUUCUAAGACGCCGGUCAAAAAAAAGCGACACUAUCUGCUGCCAUGCCACUGGUAUCUACUGGCGGGCGCCGCGAUGGGUUACUCCAGGACGAGAACAGGACACGGAAUGUAGCGCCCAUCACAUUAUCCACAAAUGUCUCAUAUCUGUUCUAUAUAUACGCCAAAGCGACCACAAUCUGCAGGUUCAGAAAUUUGGAUGGAAGAACAAAUAUCCCGCAGUUGCCUUUUUCAUACGAUUACAAUGGACAGGAUGUUCCACCAGCCUAUUCCGACGUCGUGAAAUCGUAAAGCUGACUCACUGUGUGUGUUUGUGGUUUCAUCGGCCGGAGAAUCCCGCUGUUUUGCUCUAAUUCAUUGCUUUCAUUAAAUAAAUAAAUGUGAGAGAAUCUGGCCUGUUCUUUUCCGUUAUUUUAUUAAAUUUCAGCGUGCUGGCUAUUGAUAGUUAUAGUGAAAUGGCUUAAGGUUCUCGCGCAUCGGCCGAACCUAGUAAUUCGGAAUUCCUACCAGUUUUUAUUCUUCUGCAUCAGUGAUUGCGUUUCUUCUCUGCCGACCAGGCUGCAAAGCCGGCUCUACAGGCUGCCAAAGAAAUUCAGAAGCUUACCUCUGUAAGUAUAGCUGCAAGCCCAGUGAAAGAAGGACAAUUCCGAAUGAUACCGGGAACACGACAAGGUCGAAACGCGGGUUUCACAAUACUAUUCUCUGACUGAAAGGCUAGAACAAGCCGCGAACAAAGUCUUGAAUGUUUGUAAUGCUGGAAUCUGAAACUCAUGAGGAUGCUGGAUGUGUACUUCCAUCUUCCAAGAAGAA